GCCACGAACGGCGAAUUGCACACUUAACCAAUGAAUAACAAUGAGAAGAAGAAGAAGAAGAAGAAGAAAUGUAUCUUGAUCAUGAUAUGUUUAAUAGCAUAUGCAUGUGCAAGCUUCUCGUAUCCGUCACGGCCCCACUCCCUCCCUUGGGAAGAGAUUGUUUUUGGUGGUGGGUAGAAUUUUGAGCGGUUGUUAAUGGGAUCCUUCUUCCUCCCCCACCUCUUGCUGGCCCCAAAACAACAAACCAAAUCCAAAUCCUGCAAUUAAGAUAAUCGAAUCAAUCGCUCUCCCAAAAAAAAAAACCCAACUUUUCCCCUCUGCAUGUGCAGAGUGCUUUCUUUCGAUCGAUUUCGUGUAUCAGCUUCUUGGCCGGCUGUCCUUAACUCGAUCGCAAUACCCUUCUUCCCCCCUUAGCUUCCUAGAUAACGCUAGACGAGCCCACUCUUUCUGUUUUUUUGCUUAUAAAUACUGCCCAUUUCCCCUCCUCUGUUUCAUCACAACUAAAACAGAGUACUCUGUUUCAACACAACUAAAACAGAGCACAACACAAAACCCACAAAGGACACCAAAAAUGGCAGCUCGUUCUAUCACAUUCUCAUUCUCCCCUCUUACCCUCUUCUGCUUCCUCUUCUCCCUGACGAUUCUUGAUCGUGUUUCAUCUGAUUACGGCGGCUGGCAGUCCGCCCACGCCACCUUCUACGGCGGUGGUGAUGCCUCUGGCACCAUGGGAGGGGCGUGCGGGUACGGGAACCUGUACAGCCAAGGCUACGGAACCAACACGGCGGCGCUGAGCACGGCGCUGUUCAACAACGGGCUGAGCUGCGGAGCCUGCUUCGAGAUGCGGUGCGUGAACGACCCGCAAUGGUGCCUCCCUCGCUCCAUCAUCGUCAGCGCCACAAACUUCUGCCCGCCGAACCCGGCCCUGCCCAACAACAACGGAGGGUGGUGCAACCCGCCGCUGCAGCACUUCGACCUGGCCCAACCCGCGUUCCUCCAAAUCGCCAAAUUUCACGCCGGAAUCGUGCCCGUCUCGUUCCGCAGGGUUCCCUGCUGGAAAAAGGGAGGGAUCAGGUUCACGAUCAACGGCCACUCCUACUUCAACCUGGUGCUGGUGACGAAUGUUGGAGGCGCAGGGGACGUGAAGUCGGUGUGGGUGAAAGGGUCGAGGACUGGGUGGCAGGGGAUGUCGAGGAAUUGGGGCCAGAAUUGGCAGAGCAAUGCUUACCUCAAUGGACAGAGUCUCACCUUUUCAGUCACUACUAGUGAUGGGAAGACUGUUACUAGUAACAACGUCGUUCCUGCUGGUUGGCAGUUUGGGCAAACUUUCGAAGGCUUCCAGUUUUAGAAGAAAUGGGAAAUGAACUUUUACAGUUCGGCAGUGAGAAUUUUAGUGUCUGUAUUAUAUAUAAAAUGUGUGUACUGCUAGAUUAAGGUUUGUGUGGAUAGUUAGGCUUGAGGUUUGCUCUUUGAUUUGUGAGGAAUUUUGGGCUAGCUGAGGUGUCUAAAGUUUAGCACCCGCUCUCAGCCUUCUAAAUUCCUCUUUUUUUUUUUUUUUUUUUUUGGGUUUUACUAGAAAAGUUACACUUGUGUCGUAUCGCAAGAUAAUAAUUUAUGUUAGUGUGGUUGUAUUGUGAAAAAAGUUGUGGAAUUAAAAGCGUUGAACUCAUGAAAGAGUGAGUUAUGUAAUAACAAUUUUAUAUAUAUUUCCACUUCAUUACAUACUUCUAUCUCAAAUUUAUCG